UACUCUCCAUUUCAAACCAAACCAAGAAACAUGAAGAAAUCAUCAAUCCAGAUUAACGUUAAAGGAGCAUGGACUGCUGAAGAAGACAAGACACUUUCCGAAUACAUUCAUCUUCAUGGACCAAAGAAGUGGAAAUCUAUAGCCACGAGAUCAGGUUUGAACAGAUGUGGAAAGAGUUGUCGACUGAGAUGGUUGAAUUAUCUUCGACCCAAUAUUAAAAGAGGCAACUUUUCUGAACAAGAAGAGGAUUUGAUUCUUCGACUUCAUAAGCUUUUGGGAAAUAGGUGGUCUUUAAUUGCUGGUAGACUUCCGGGAAGAACAGAUAACGAGAUUAAAAAUUAUUGGAAUUCUCAUAUGAGCAAAAGAUAUAAUAAUGUGAUUAAGGAGGUCAAGAACAAUAACAAGAUCACCAAUAUGAUGAAUUUGAAUUCAUCACUACCUUCUCCUAUUAUGGAAUCGACAGAUCAAUUGGGGUUGGGAAGAAGAAUUGAAGAAAAAGAAGAAGAAGAAGAAGAUGUGAAGUUAAUGUUUGAUUUCUCUGUUGAGGGAACAAAUGGAUUGGAAUGGGUUAAUAGGUUUCUUGAAUUAGAUGAUGAUCAUCAUGAUUAUCUUUAAUUUAAUUUAAUUUAAUUGCUUUCCCUAAUCAAUGAUGGAGAAGAAGAAGUAGGAUUGAAGCAAGCUCAUUUCUAGGAACUUAAUAAAUAUUAAUUGCUUGUAACUUCUUCUUUCUUUCCAAUGGAAGUGAUCAUGGCUAAUAUAAAAUGUCCAAUCUUCCAUCUUUUAUUGUGUAUAAAUUUAGGGUUGUAAAC